AAAAUGCUGGGAUUCCAGGCAUGAGCCACCGCGCCCAACCUAGAAGUUUUCAUUACCUAUCUUCAGGCUCACAGUCUUUCCUCAGCCACACCAAGUCGACUCACGUGUCCGUUAAAGUCGUUCUCCAUUUCUGUUACAGUGCUUUUCAAAUCUCUCCCAGGGCUUUUUCAUGCUUAGGAUUCCCACUUCUCGGCCUGUAUUGCCUGUUUUUGCAUGUUGUCUACUUUUUCCAUUAGAGCACUUCACCUGUUAAUCAUACUUGUUUUAAACUCCCAGUCUGAUACUUCCAACGUCCCUGCCGUAUCUGAGGGGUUCUGCUUUAUCUCUUCAAGCUGUGUCUUUUGCCUCUUGGUAUGCCUUGUCAUUUCUUUCUGGAAAGCCAGACGCAAUGUACUGGGUGAAAGGCACUGAAGUAAAUAGACCUUUAGUAACACAGUGGUGAGGUGUGGGCAGAGGGCAAGGAUUCCCUGAUCCUUUGAUGAGGUCUGUCUUUUCGUGAGCCUGUGCCCCGCGACACUGAACUUCACAAGUGCUUCUCAGUUCUUCCUUCUCCUCUCACUUAGGUAGGACAAGAUGAAUAGAGAGAGGAAGCUGAUGAGGGAUACGUCUCUUUCCACAGGUCACUUAGACUCUGAUGAAACCCCAACAGGACUCAGUGGUCUUUGAGGAUGUGGCUGUGGACUUCACCCUGGAGGAGUGGGCUUUGCUGGACUCUGCUCAGAGGAACCUCUACAGAGAUGUGAUGCUGGAGACCUUCCGGAACCUGGCCUCAGUAGAUGAUGAGACUCAAUUUAAAGCCAAUGGGUCAGUUUCUCAGCAGGAUAUGUACGGGCAAGACAAAUCUAAGGAACAGACAAUACCAACCUUCACAGGAAAUAAUUCCUGUGCCUACACUUUAGAAAAAAAUGGUGAAGGCUAUGGCACUAAAGACCACCACAAAAAUCUGAGAAAUCAUAUGGUGGACAGAUUCUGUAAAAAUAAUGAAGGUAAUCAAUAUGGAGAAGCCAUCCAUCAAAUGCCAAAUCUUACCCUGUGCAAGGAAAUUUCUGAUGGAGAAAAACCAUAUGAAUGCACCAAGUGUGGGACAGUCUUCACGCAUCUUUCUUCUCUGAAAAGGCACAUCAAGUCUCACUGUGGACGAAUAGCGCCUCCGUGUGAGGCAUGUAAGCAGGCCUGCAUUUGUCCCUCACACCUACACAGUCAUGGAAGAACCAACACUGAGGAGAAGCCGUAUAAGUGUCAAGCAUGCGGGCAAACUUUCCAACAUCCCCGUUCCCUCUCUCACCACGUCAAGACUCACACAGCAGAGAAAACCUAUAAAUGCGAGCAGUGUCGGAUGGCGUUUAAUGGGUUCGCAAGCUUCACUAGACAUGUGAGAACUCACACAAAAGACAGGCCAUAUAAAUGUCAGGAAUGUGGGAGAGCCUUCAUUUAUCCCUCGACAUUGCAAAGACACAUGACAACACACACUGGAGAGAAGCCCUAUAAAUGUCAACACUGUGGGAAAGCCUUCACUUACCCCCAGGCUUUUCAAAGACAUGAGAAGACGCACACGGGAGAGAAGCCCUAUGAAUGCAAGCAGUGUGGGAAAACAUUCAGUUGGUCUGAAACCUUGCGAGUCCACAUGAGGAUCCACACUGGGGAGAAACUCUAUAAAUGUGAACACUGUGGGAAAGCUUUUACCUCUUCCAGAUCAUUCCAAGGUCAUUUGAGGACGCACACUGGAGAGAAACCUUAUGAGUGUAAACAAUGUGGAAAAACCUUCACUUGGUCCUCAACCUUACAUAAUCAUGUGAGGAUGCACACUGGAGAGAAACCUCACAAAUGUAAACAAUGUGGGAUGUCCUUCAAGUGGCCCUCCUCCUUCCGCAACCAUCUGAGGAUGCACACAGGACAGAAAUCCCACGAAUGUCAGUCACACUCAGAAGCCUUCAGUUGCCAAGUCAUUCUUUCUAAAACCAGUGAGAGCACACACUAAAGAGAAAUUCUAUAACUCAGUAACAGGGGGUAACCUCACAUUAAUUCAUAUAUAAUGCUCCAGAAAAUUCACACCAGGAGAGAAAU